UGACAUUGUUAAGCUUUCAUCUCAAUACCAUUUAAUUUUAAUUACACUUAAAAGUACAACAUGCCCUGUAUGUCCUCAGUUACUAAGAAUUUUGAAUGCAUAUGGCUUAGAUCUCGAAUGCAAUCAUUAUAUUGAUCCAUUCACAAAUGAAAUGCGAGAAAUUGAUCCAAUAGAAAAAAAGUUCUAUAGAUUACUUUUAAAACAGGAUGCAUAUUAUGUCAUCCUUUGCCCUGGUACAGAUGAAGAAGUGAGAGAAAUUCAAGAAAGAACACCAUUUUUAAAUUAUCCCUUCAUUUCUUCUGAAGGUAACGGGAAAAGUUUAGCAAAGGCGUUAAAAGUACAACUAUCUGAACAUGAAUUUAUGCCUGCAAUUUUGGAAAUUGAAAACGAGACAUUGUCGGUCAACACAAUCUAUAUUGGUCGUGGUCCAGGCCUCUACUUUCAUCGUUAUUUAUUUAAAAGAUUAAUUGAUGCAAGAUAUCAUCAGGAAUCAAAUGGUAUUUGUUCACUUAGAGAUGCACAUGAAAUCGUCAAUUUGCUUAAACGCAGAGCAGUCAAAUGUCAAGAAAAAAGACUUGUACCACCACCCAACUGGAUAAAUCAUAGUACUUGUAAUAACAAUGAUAAGACCAAGUUAUCUACGAGCAUAAACACGCUUGUAAAAGAAGAAAUACAAACGAUUGAUGAAGGCACUACUACUAUUCAUUCAAGUAGUGAAAAGAGACUAACAUCAUCGUCAAGUAUAAAUGAUUUACCUCCAGAAUUAUUUGAAAUUAUUUUCUCUUUUUUUGAAGAUGACAUAAGUUCUUUAGUAAAAGCUUCAGAGGUCUCUGAUCAAAGCCUUGAUCGCUGGGAAGGCAAUCCCGAAGGUAUCCCUUAUCGAGAAUUAUGCAAACGUGUAUCUAAAUUGAGAUGUCUACUGUUUAAUAUUACUGAAUGGACAAGCUAUUGGAGUCCGCGUAGAUUUUUUAGAAGCAAAUAGAUUUUUUUUUUCGUUCAAAUCUUUCAUUAAAAAAAAAAAAAAAGGUACAAACUACAUUGUUUAAUUUUUUAGUUUAGUUUAAUAUAUAGAAUAAGGGAGUUUUUCUUCUUUAAGACCAGCCAAUAUAUUUUCAAGUGUCAUAUUUGCCAUAUUUUCUCUUGUUUCCAUAGUUGCACUACCCACAUGAGGUAAAAUUAAACAAUUGGGAAACGAAUAUAAUUUAUGAGUAGGUGGUAAAGGUUCAGGAGUAGUAACAUCCAAGCCAACUGCGCCAAUUAAAUUCUCCUCAAGGGCCCGAACUAUAUGACAACCCUAUCAGUAUACAUACACACACACACAUAUAUAUAUAUGUAAAUCUUCAAAUAAU